AUGGACCGUACCGUGGUGCUCAUCACUGGCUGCUCCUCGGGGAUCGGCCUGCACCUGGCCCUCCGUCUGGCCUCAGACCCGUCCCGGAGCUUCAAAGUGUAUGCCACGUUGAGGGACCUGAGGACGCAGGGCCCGCUAUGGGAGGCGGCCCGGGCCCGGGGGUGUCCUCCCAACUCCCUGGAGACGUUACAGUUGGACGUGAGGGACUCAGAUUCUGUGGCCGCUGCCCGGGCACGCGUGACCGAGGGCCGCGUGGACGUGCUGGUGUGUAACGCGGGCCGGGGCCUGCUCGGGCCGCUAGAGUCGCACGCGAUGGGCGCCGUGGACUCCGUGCUGGACGUGAACGUGGCCGGGACGGUGCGGACGCUGCAGGCCUUCCUGCCCGACAUGAAGCAGCGCCGCUCGGGACGUGUGUUGGUGACCGGGAGCAUGGGAGGCUUGAUGGGGCUGCCCUUCAACGCCGUUUACUGCGCCAGCAAGUUCGCGCUCGAAGGUUUAUGCGAGAGUCUGGCGGUUCUGCUGCCGCCCUUCGGGGUCCACGUGAGCCUCAUCGAGUGCGGCCCGGUGCGCACCGCCUUCCAGGAGAAGCUGGAGGGCGGCCCGGGCGGCGCACUGGACGGCGCGGACGCCCAGACCCGCCACCUCUUCUCCCUCUACCAGCGCCACUGCGAGCGGGUCUUCUGCGAGGCGGCGCAGGACCCGGAGGAGGUGACAGAGGUCUUCCUUGCCGCGCUGCGCGCCCCGCGGCCCGCCCUGCGCUACUUCAGCACCGAGCGCUUCCUGCCCCUGGCGCGGCUGCGCCUCGCCGACCCCAGCGGCUGCAGCUACGUGGCCGCCAUGCACCGCGCUGUGUUCGCCGACGAGCCCGCCGAGGCUGAGGCUGGGGGAAUGGGGGGCCCUGAGCUCGGCGCUUCACCCGCCGCCCCGCAAUAAAGGCUUCGUCCGUCGCUG